AUGGAAUCUCCUAUAAUAACAACACGGCCUGAUUUAUGGUCUCAAAAUACACCAGCAAGUUCUAACAUUAACCCUGUCAUGGGAAAUUCAUCCAUAACAUCCUCUUCCAACAUUUUCCCAUUACAUAAAUUACCUGAUGAAUUAGUUUAUGAAAUUUUCUCUCAUUUACCACAAGAAGAUAGAUUAAAUCUUACUUUAUUAAACAAAAAAUAUUAUCACAUUGCCAUACAACUAUUAUACAAAAGAAUGUAUCUAAACGAUUCAAACGUUAUCAAGAGUGAUUUCAUGAAUUUAGCAAUAAAUUGGACCCUAUUAAAGAUACCUUCAUACUUGGUAGAAGAAGUAUCAAGGAAAAUUGCAAAUUUGAAAUUAACAAAAUUAAUUAGAACAUUAGAAUCAAACAAAGAAAUUUUAAAUUCAAUAGAAUGGAUAAGAAUUAAUUGGGAUUUAAAUUCUACUUUUACAAAAAAAAUUUUAAAACUUCUUUGUGAUGGUGGGAAAUCAUUGAAAAGAUUGGAGAAUGUCACUGAUCCAAAUUGUAAUGACAUUAUUGCUCUCGGAAAGGAAAGUAAAUCAAAUUUAAUUAGUUUUGAUAUGGCACCUCCUAAUAGUUUACCAGAAUUAAAUGUCUCAGAUGAUUAUUUACCAAAUUUGGCAAAAUAUAUGAAACAAAGAAUCUCAACGAAUUUAUCUUAUAUGACUCUGUUCAUUGAUCCUAUUGUGUUGUUUAAUAAUUUAUAUCCUUUGAAGAAUAAAUUGCAAAUUAUUGACUUGAAAUUACAUUGGAGAAGAGAAUUUUAUGAUUUUAUUAAAUUUACUAAAUCAUCCAUAUCAUCACAUACCUUUGAAAUGAAUCAGAACCGAAAAAAAUUAACAAAAUUGUCUGAUAUUUUCGAUAUAAGAUCAUUGAAAACAUUAACAAUCAUAUCAUGGAAUGAAUCUCUUUUACAAAGAGAAAUUGAAAUGUUAAAAGAAUUUAAAGAAUUUAUUUAUCUACAAGAUUUAUCAUUGAUUUCAAUAAAACAAGAUAUCCCAAUAUUAGUGGAAUUAUUUAAAAAUUUAACUAAUUUGAAAAGAUUGAAAAUGGAUUUUCUGGAAGAUUAUAUCCCUGAACCAACAAACUCUCAAAUCUUUCUUUCAAUACUAUUAAAUUGUAAAAAAUUACAAUUUAUAGAUUUAAGAUUUGAAAAUAUUGAUUUACCUAUAAUAAAUAUUAGUGAUGAAUUGUUGGAAUCAGAAUCAUCAACGGAUUCUAACAAUUCAAGCAUGAGUAACAACGUAAACAAAUUUAAAUUAAUUCAAAAAUGUCAUUGUCAUGAUUGUAAUAAAGUUUUCGAUAACAUAUUAAGAGAAAAAAUCUUUAAAUUCGAAGAAGAUUAUCAAUUACAUGAUAUAAAUGAUAUAGCAACAAAGGAUAUUUUCAAAAUGAUGAGAUAUUUAUCAUUAUUACCAUAUUCAAAAGCAUGUGAUAAUUAUCCAAGUGUUAGAACUCAACCAAUGAAUUUGGAACAAUUUGUUAUCAAAAUGAAUGAUAAUUUAUUGGCUUAUAGAAAAUCUCGUUCUCAAUUAGUUCCAUACCAAAAUAUUACAUCCGUAAUUACUCCUCCUGCUAAUAAUAAUAACAAUACUAAUAUUCAAGAUUAUAAUACUAAUAAUAAUAAUAACAACAAUUACAAUAAUAACGACCAAUCUUCUUCAUUAUUUUCCAAUAAUCCACCAAUAUACGCCGAUGAAUAUGAUGAUGAAGAUGUUGAUAUGUUAAGAGAUGAAUAUGAAACUGAACAAGAUUAUGAAUACGCUUAUGAAGAACAACAUAUAAGAGAACAUGAAAACACGAACGAAAACACGAACGAAGUCGACCAGAUGGUGAAUGGGAAUGAUCGAUAUUUACAAUUAAAUCCAACAAUAACAUCAUCCUCAACUGUUUCAUUGUCAUCAACAACAUCACAACAAAGAAGAAAUCAAGAGUUACUUACAUUACCUCAUGAUCCAUUAACUGAAUCAGAUGUAAUAGAUUGUUAUCAUGCAUUAAUACAUCAUUAUAGGAAAACUUAUUUAACAUUCUUAAGAGGAUUCCCUAAUUUGAGAUUCUUAAUGUUAAAUGAUAUUCCAAUGGUCUCUAUUGAAAAAGGUGAAAAUAACGAAAAAAUCUUGGAGCCUGUAUUUUACCAUGGAGAUUUCAAAAGUAAUUUAUUUGGAUGGUCUGAUAAAUCAAAUAAUAAUAAAAAUAAGAAAAAAAAUUUGGCAAAUACAAAUAAUGCAAAUACAAGAGCAAAGAAAGCAAUUGUUAGUUAA